UCUGGCUCGGUCUGCUAAGAGAAAUGUAAUGCUGCUAAGAAUGCCUGGCCUCUCCCUGCCAGCUUUAUAAGGAAGGAAGACAGUCACACAGGAGCAGCACAUGCAGCAAGAGCCUGGCUGCAUUGUGAAGGAUCAGGACAUCUGCAGUUACAGGCAGAGGGGUGCUGGGGCUCUGGCUGCCUCUCCUGUGUGGCCGCUGCUUGGCACUACACUGACUGCACCCACUUGCUGCUCUGCCACCCAGCAGAAUGGCCUCGGGGAAGAACCAGCAGCCUGGCACCUUUAAUGGAGCAAGAUGUAGCCCAUUGCUAGCAGAGGAAUACACUCAGGAACUGCAUGUGAAGAUGUGUAAGAAGAUUGCACAGCUAACCAAGGUGAUUUAUGCUUUAAACCUCAAAAUUGAUGAAUAUGAAGUGAACAUAUUAACUCUAAAAGAAGGCCAUCAAAAAGAAAUUGACCUAAUAUCCAAUGAGACAAGGGAAAAGGUUCUCCAGUAUGAGAUCAUGGUAGGGGAGGAGAAGAACUUGCGAUCACAGAUUCAGAUCCUUGAGGAAACCCUGGAGAAGAACAACAAGAUGAAGGAACAAACCUUGGCCGAUCUGGCCAUGUACAAAAAGCAAACAGAAGAGAGGGAACUGAAGACUCAGUGCGAGCAAUCCGAGAGGAUUGCAGCCUUGUCCAGUGAAAUGCUAUCUAUGAAAACCGACUUUGAACUCCGUCUGCAGGAGCUCACCGAGGAGGCUGAUGCACUAAGAAAAGAGACCAUAGCAAGUGACAAUGAGAAAUCUGUGGAAAAAAUAAAUGAGAGACUAAGUGAGGAGAUCCAGUCACUCAGUAAAGAAAUCGAGAGCCUAAAAUCUCAGAACCGCAAGAUAACGGAGGAAUACACGCUCAAGACCAGCAAACUCCACACCAGCUAUAUCAAAGAAAGAGAGAACCUUAGAAAUGCUCUGCAGCAGUCCGUUACUGAGAUGAUAAAACAGCUGCAGCAGAAAGAGCAGGAACAAAGAAAGGGCAGUCAGGAGAAAGAGGCGGCCAUGCAGCAGGAGCUCCAAGAGCUGAAAGGAGACAUCGAGGCGAAGGUGCGUGAAAUGAUUGAAGUCAAAGAACAGUCUCAUAAUAUGAAAGAAAGGAUACAGGAGCUGGAGCUACAGCAAAAACAAAGAGAUGAGGAGUUGAUUGAAUCUAGAACCUUACAGACACAAGUGGCUGAGGAACUUCUGGUAGCCAAACAGCGACUAUUGGAGCAGGAGAAGGAGAUCCAGAAUCAAACAGAACAGAUGAAAACCGUGUCGAAUGCACACAAAGCAGCUAUCACCGAACUGACUGAAUUAAAAAGUCAAAUUGGUCAAGUGCAGCAGAAGCCAUUAAGCAAGACAAGUGCAAGCAAGAGAGACAGCAGAGAAGUUGUCAGCUCAAAACAGUCCCUGAGAGAACACUCAGUCCUAAAACACGAACAUAUGAAACAGCACAAAGAAGACUUCAGUAAAACCAAACGGCAGAAAGAGGCAGAGUCCAAACAUCUCAAGGAGCAGUUCUCUAGGAACCGAGAAGACUUAGCCAAGAUGCAUGCAGCCGAGAUAAAAACCAUCCAAGCUUCCAUGGAGGCGGAGAAGAGGCAAUUGCAGAAAGAACAUGAGAGGCAUCUAGAAGAGCUGAAAAAGAAGAAUGAGUAUGAGAUAAAUCAGUCAAUAGAUGAGAGAGACGCACUUUAUAUUAAACUUCAAGACUCCAUAUGUAAGCAGAAUAAGACUAUUCUACAGCAGUGUGAAUUAUCCAGUCCUUUGAAAUCUAAUAGGGAAAUCAAGACGGACGUAAGACUGUCACCAGAAUCCAGAAUUAAGGAAAGCAAAAGAUGUGAAUGUGUUUGUCCUUCAAGUCCAACCCCACCUUUAAACACUUCAGGAGGAGUAUCUGAAAACGCUUCUGCACAACAGGAAGAAAAUUCACAGAAUCAUUUAAAAGAACUAAACACUCAGCUGGAUAAAUGUGAGAAGGAGAUGUGCAGGCUGGAACAGGAGAAUGCAGCCUUGAGGGACUCAGUGGAACUGCUUAGCAAAGAGAUAACACUAUCCCAGCAAGAGGCAUUGGGGUUGAAGGAAAACCAGAGCAGAAAUCACGAAGAAUUUAAACUGAAACAAAAAAUGGAAUUAGAGUCAUUGAGACAAAGUCACCAGCAAGAAAUCCAGUCGAUGGUCUCCAACUUCAGCAGCUCUCAGACUUUCCUCCAGGCGAAGAUAGUGGCUUUAGAAGCUGAGGUGAAAGAAAUGGAAGAUAAGACAAGGAAACAGCCUCGGCCAGAGGAUUUACAUCUAAUAAACUGUUUGCAGGAUAAACUGAAUGAUAAAGAUCAAAUUAUAAAACAUUUAUUAGAAAUACAAAACUUUGAUGAAGUUUCAAUGCCAAUCAGUCAGGAAACGCAUAGAAGUCAGUCAUUCUCUUGCAAUCCCAAUGGAGGCAGUUUAACACCCACAUUAAAGAAGAAAAAAAUUGGUGAGAUACCAACCCGAGUUAUAAGUGUCCCUAACUUGGCGGCCUAUGAGAAAACGCUUCCAAAUAACAGUGUGGCUCCCAGAAAAUCUAUAAAUCUAGUCAAAAAUUCUCCUAGCUUGGAUCACAGUGUCAAGCCUGGUUACCCCUUCAGACAACCUGUGCAGCUCUUAGAUAUCAUACGUCCUAAUAGGCGGAAUCCUGGCAGCGUACCAUCGAAGACAGAAACACGAGAUCAGGAGUCCAAACGUCCUGAAUGGUUUACAAAGUACUUUUCAUUCUGAGAAAAGUAGAAUGACCAAAACCCCAUGCGCUCAUUUCACUGUCAUAUGUGUUGUAAAGUUUUUUUUAUUAUUAAAAUAUUGUUGUGAGCUUUUUUCAUUCUAUCAAAUCAAUUCUUGCUAAUAAAAUCGGAUGAAAGCGA